GUGGAGUAGGACUAGUUGUGCGUUGUGUGUGGGGAAUGGUAACUGCAGCAGGAGUGUAGCCUGGAAAUUCAGUAACCAAAAAAAAGGUGAUUGCAGUACCAGCUUUGCGCCUGUUCAAAAGGGGUGGAGAGUUGCUUCGUUUUGCAAGAUUGUCGGACGAUAUAUGACUACUUGAAGGAUUCUCAUUUGAAAGCUCCACACUGAAUUUGUUGUCUAUGCAGCAGCCUCUCUCGACUGGACAUGGAGCACCUCUGCAGAACAGCAGUACUGCUCCAGAAUGUCAUCAGCAAGUGCCAAGUAAAGCACCACUUGCUCCCACAGCUGGACUAUACAACUUUACUUACUACCAGAAUAACUACCAGGCACCUGCCCACAACAUCGUCAGACCACCUUUAUGUCCGACAUCAUUGGGUACUCCUCAAGGACCUGGUCAGAUGCACAAUGCACUUCCCUUGGGUCCUAAUUUGGUCGCUGCCGGCCCUCAGUUCGACCCGGUGUUUUUAAGCACUCCUCCGCAAGUUGGUUAUGUUCCAAGUGGUGGACACUAUCCUGGUCAAGUCCACUAUAAUGUACCUUCUCAGAGUACUGCUCAGGGUAUUCCUCCCAGUUCUUCUUAUCCUGGUUUCUCGUAUCAUACAAUGCCUGCUUUCAAUACCCAGUAUAAUACUCAUUUAACCUCACAGACUACUCAUUCUGCUACGGCUCAGCCUUUAGUUGGUGUCUUAUCCAGUCAUGUGAAACCAUUGCCAGAAACUGGCCAGAGACCCAUUCAAGCAUCUUUUCAGCCUUAUCCUGCUGGUGAUGUUGCUGCAUCAUGGCAACCCUUACCAAGAGCUUUGAUGACAACAUCAGCAGGGCCUGUUAUCAAUCCGCCUGCUGUUGCUUCCUCUGCAAAUAGCCCGACAAGUGCAGGUCCACCCCUUUCAAGGCCCCAUCAUAUCAACCAAAGCUAUCAACCUGACAGAGCGAAAGUAGCAACAUUUCCAGCCAUUGGGGCACCUCUUGCAAGGAGGCCACCUUCUUCAGUUGAUCCACCAGUUUCAUCCUCUGCAUCACCGGCUCCUGCCACAGAAGCACACCAUGGCAUGCACUGUGGAUAUGUUGCUAAUAAUCAAGUUAAUUCAGCACCGAGUCCCUUGUCAUCAACUUCAGAUGAUGAGGAUGAUGAUGAUGAAGCAGGUGGAGACUCUUCCUCUUCUACAUCAUCAUCAACUAAUGCUUCACUUCCUAACAACUAUGAUGCUUUGGAAGGUGGAAGCUACCAAGAUUCAACAUCUUCACCGACCACAGCUCCUGCUCCUUCUGAUCCAUGUCCAUUGAAGAGUACUAAACCAUUUGGUUACGCUUAUCCAACUCUCCAACCUGGCUACCAGAACAUAGCUUCUCCUUCACAUUCUGUCAGUCAUCCCACUGGCCUAGGAUACUCUCCAGGACCUCAGCAGUUUACGCAGCCCUUUUCCAGUGUUAAUCAGCUGUCGUCAAACAUGGAGGGUCUAAAUUUGCGGAAUAAACGGCGGACUGAAGCUCUGAGGCAAGUCAGUCUGCUUCAAGAGCGGGAUAUUCUUCCACCUGUUCCAAACCUGAUCCCACAAUCCAAUUUAAGUCCAGAACUGAAAAAACUGAACUGCAGUCCAGACUUAUUCCGAUGCACUCUGAUGAAUAUCCCUCAGACCCAGGCUUUGCUGAACAAAGCAAAACUUCCUCUUGGAUUAUUGCUUCAUCCCUUCAGAGACCUGACGCAUUUGCCCGUGAUUACAUCGAGCACCAUUGUCAGAUGCCGAACUUGCAGAACAUACAUUAAUCCGUUUGUAUCCUUCCUUGACCAAAGGAGGUGGAAGUGCAAUCUGUGUUAUCGAGUCAAUGAUGUACCUGAAGAAUUUAUGUAUAAUCCUUUGACACGUUCAUAUGGUGAACCACACAAAAGGCCAGAGGUUCAAACUGCAACCGUGGAGUUCAUCGCUUCUUCAGAUUAUAUGCUGCGACCACCUCAACCUGCUGUCUACCUCUUCGUUUUUGAUGUUUCCCAUAAUGCAGUGGAAUCGGGAUACCUGAACAUUUGUUGUCAGUCAUUGUUAGAAAACUUUGACAAGUUGCCUGGAGAUUCAAGGACCAGAAUAGGAUUUAUUACAUUUGAUAGCACAAUUCACUUCUUCAACUUGCAGGAAGGCUUGUCGCAGCCUCAAAUGUUGAUUGUGUCAGAUAUUGAAGAUAUCUUCCUGCCUACUCCUGACAGCUUGAUGGUAAACUUACAUGAAAGUAAGGAGCUUAUUAAAGAUUUACUGAAAGUAUUGCCGACAAUGUUCACCAACACAAGAGAGACCCAUAGUGCGUUGGGCCCAGCUUUGCAGGCUGCAUUUAAACUUAUGUCUGCAACAGGGGGGCGCAUAUCUGUAUUCCAAACACAGCUGCCAUCCAUAGGUGUUGGUUGCCUUCUAUCAAGGGAAGACCCUAAUCAGAGAUCCACCACAAAGGGUGUGCAACACCUUGCUCCAGCCACAGACUUUUAUAAGAAGUUUGCUUUGGACUGCUCAGGCCAGCAGGUGGCGGUAGAUCUAUUUUUACUGAGUGGACAGUAUACUGACCUGGCGUCACUUGCUUGUAUGUCAAAAUACUCUGCUGGAUCGGUCUUCUAUUAUCCAUCAUUCCAUCACGUUCACAAUCCUGCUCAGGUGGAGAAGUUUCAGAAAGACCUCAAACGGUAUCUCAUUAGGAAAAUUGGAUUUGAGGCGGUCAUGAGGAUACGUUGUACUAAAGGUCUUUCCAUUCAUACUUUCCAUGGAAACUUCUUUGUACGUUCCACUGAUCUGUUGUCCCUUGCCAACAUAAAUCCUGAUUCAGGAUUCACUGUGCAAAUGUCUAUUGAUGAAAAUCUGAUUGAUACAUCAAUCGUAUGUUUUCAGGCUGCAUUGCUUUACACUUCAAGUAAAGGCGAGCGUCGGAUUCGAGUGCAUACUUUGUGUCUACCUGUUGUGAACUCUGUGGCUGACGUUUAUGCGGGAGCAGAUGUGCAGGCUAUUACUUGUCUUUUAGCUACAAUGGCGGUUGAUCGAUCAGUUUCCUCAAGUUUAUCUGAUGCCAGAGAUGCCUUGGUAAAUGCUGUUGUUGAUUCCUUAUCUGCAUAUCGUUCCACCGUUUCUAACCUCCAGCGAUCUGUGUUAGUCGCUCCCAACUCCCUCAGGCUGUUUGCUCUUUAUAUUCUGGCUCUACUGAAACAGCAAGCGUUCAGAACAGGCACUAGCACUCGAUUGGAUGAAAGGGUCUUUGCCAUGUGUGAGAUGAAGACACAGCCAUUAGUUCAUCUGAUGCUGACAAUUCAUCCUAACUUGUACAGAAUAGACAAUCUGUCUGAUGAGGGUUCCAUCAUUGUCGGUGACAAAACUAUUCCUCAGCCACCUAUUCUGCAACUUUCUGCGGAGAAGCUGCCAAAAGAUGGUGCUUUCUUGAUGGACUGUGGUUCUGUGAUGUACCUCUGGAUUGGCAGGAACUGCAGCAACAAUUUUAUUAGUGAAGUGCUUGGAUUUCCUAAUUAUGCUUCUAUACCACAAAAUAUGACUCAUCUACCAGAAUUAAAUACAAUCUUAUCUCAAAGAACGAAUGAUUUUGUUUCCUGGCUUCGAGACAGCAGACCAUUCUUAUCGAUUAUUUACAUUGUGAAUGAUGAUGGUCCAAUGAAAGCAAACUUUUACCAGAAGUUAGUGGAAGACAGAACCGAAUCUGCGUUGUCAUAUUAUGAAUUCCUCCUUCACAUUCAGCAGCAAAUCUCCAAAUAACAACAUUUAUAGUUUGAGAGUUGGAACUGAUCAUUUUGACAGGAGGGUUGAGACAAUACUGUCAUCUGAGGCAAAUGUGCAUUUAUCUUGGAGGAUGGAUUGCCGUUGAGGUACAACAUGAAAUGGAUAACUUCAAUCUUUCAGUCCUGAUGAAGGUUUUUACCCUAGUAGGAAUAUGAAAAGCUGGUUAGUAAAAUUUGCAACCUUGCAGAAUAAAUUCUUGAAGUUACUAUGCUGUAAUGGAUAUUUCUGCUCGAAAACACAGAUGAAAAUGUCAUUGUACUGAUAGAAUGUUAAUGAUAGCAUUAAAGAAUGGGCCUGAAUUGUUUUAUUCUCGAUAGAGCAGGAGCUUACAGGCCUUGUUACUGAAUACAAAUAGAGUGGAUUUAUUUAUUACCAUGUAUAAGCCCGGGUUAUUCACUAUUUUGUUAACUUUUUGAUCUAAUUAAUUUUCCUGUGUGUAAUGUAUUAGUGUAAAUGUUGAUUUUUCACUGGUAUUGGGUAGACAUGAUGACUGUACACACUUAUGCAGGUAGGAAUUUACAUUGUUAGCAAAUACAGUCUGUAUUGAAGUAAAAGCGAAGGUCAUUGCAGGGCUGUUGAAUGUGGUUUAGAGAUGCACAUUUCAAAAUUCAAUGUGUACAUAGAAAAUUUAACUAACUUUGUAAGUAAUGUACAAAUAAAGUAUCAAUCUAACUUUAGGUUCUAUUAAAAAUGAAAGAAUAAACUGUA